UUUAAAGUGUACCUACAACAAUACAAUAGUGUUUCUGUAGUUUUAGUGUGUGAAUUGAGGGUAAAAUGGCGAAAGAGGUGAACUGCGACUCGAUUCUGGCGGAGCUUGGCCAGUUCGGGAGAUACCAGGUCCUGAAUUACUGCCUGAUCAUGAUCCCUAUAAUGUUCAGUGCGGUGUACAACGCGCAAUAUGUCUUCAAUGCUGGCGUGGUCCCACACAGAUGCGCAGUUCCAGAAUGCGAGUCCCCACCGUACACGUAUGAGACCGGCGAAUGGGGUCUCUGGGCGCUUGGGUCCCAGUGUGCGCGCCCGGCGCCUAGCGACGAUGGCGCGUGCGCCCAGGGCGCCUUCAGCACCAAUCAGACCGUGACGUGCGAUAAGCAUGUUUAUGGUGGCCAUGAUACCAUUGUAGCUGAGUUCGACUUGGCGUGCCAAGAGUGGAAGCGCACGUUGGUCGGCACCAUACACAGCGCGGGACUGUUCGCCGCGUUACCGCUCACCGGCUAUGUCUCCGAUACUUUCGGCCGUCGCACGGCGUUCGUCUUGACGGCGGUGCUAGCUGCGUCGAUGGGCCUAAUACGAUCCUUCUCCGUCAACUACGUGAUGUACCUCGUAUUUGAAUUCCUGGACGCUAUGCUGGGCUCUGGCGUGUAUAGCACCGGGUUUAUUCUAGCGCUAGAAAUGGUGGGCCUCAAACGGCGAGUGCUCGGCGGUAACAUCAUCUCCAGUUCUUUCGCCAUCGGCCAAGUGAUUCUCGCCCUAGUGGCCUGGCAGGUCCCCUACUGGAGGCAUUUAACCCGCGUCCUCUACGUACCAUCUUUCCUCUUCAUCUUCUACUACUUCCUCGUUGAAGAAAGCGUGAGAUGGCUGCUAAGCAAAGGCAGGAAACAGGAAGCUGCUAAAAUUAUCUAUAAAGCUGCUGCUAUUAAUAAGAAGGAACUGUCUCCAGAAUCGCAAAAGCAGUUAGAAUCUCCUGAUGAGCCUACGGAAGUCGCUGUCACUGAGCAAACGUCUCUUAGCCAACCGCAGAAGAAAUCGCUGUUCAAACAAGUUGUGAAAUCAAAGAUUCUCAUGUCACGUCUCUUCAUUUGUUCCUUCUGGUGGAUUACCGUGACUUUCAUCUACUAUGGACUGUCAAUCAACUCGGUUUCUCUGGCUGGGAACCGAUACGUGAACUUCAUGUUGACGUCCCUCGUGGAGAUCCCUGGGUAUGCGCUGAGCGUGCUGACCCUAGACCGCUUCGGACGUAAGAGUUCCAUCAUGACAGCGUUCUUUGUAUGUGGAUCGGCGCUCAUCGCUUUGCCUUUUGUUCCUGCACACCUAACCUGGAUCCACACGUGUCUCACAAUGCUGGGCAAGCUGUGUAUCAGCAUGGCCUUCAGCUCCAUAUAUAUCUACACGUCGGAGCUGUUCCCUACCGAGGCGCGACACUCUAUGCUCGGUACCUGUUCUAUGAUUGGAAGAAUUGGCAGUAUCGUCGCUCCUCAGACACCACUACUGAUGCAAAUAAUGGUGUCCCUCCCGUACCUGAUCUUCGGCGUGAUGGCGGGCAUCUCAGGCGGUCUCAUGCUGCUCACGCCGGAAACUUUGCGGUUACGCCUUCCGGACACCAUCGAGCAGGCGGAAGCUAUGGUGGUGGCGCCGCGGACGACCAAACGUACAGAUAUAAUUGUGGAUUAACCUGACU